CUGGGCGUUCGCUCUUGACAUAUACCGACCGACAUUUGCUCAGUGUCUAGUCCGCGCCUAUCAGGUGGCCCUCAGUCAAAUGGACAAUACCAAACAGUGGGGGGAAAGUCCCUUGCUCCCUUAGUUCAUAUGUAACGCAAUUAUCGUCAUCCCAUGCAGUGCGGCACCCAUCAUCAGCAAGGCGUCCACCCCACCUGCCCGUCUGCCUUUCGUUCUCUCUGCCGCUCGGGACGGGCAGCGAGCUACAAGUUAGUUAUGUCUGCUGCGACCUCCCCCAGAUGAUGAUGAACAGCGUGACGGCCCCGUAGAAGAACAGACUGCCGAACAGCAGCGCCUGACACACGUCGGCGAAGAACUCCCGAGGGUAGAGAGCCGACAGCUCACGCUCGAACUCACGCACACUGACACUCACACAGAUCGACACAGAAGCAUGUGUGUGUGUGUGUGGAUGCGUGGAGGUACCCGCUGUAGACAGAGAAGAAGUUUCUGAGGACGUCAUCUCUGUCUGUGUCUGCGCCCUGGCCUUGCCGCAGCGGCACCUCGAGGCCCGUCAGCCAACCCACCAGCUGGUGCAACCGGCCUGAACACACACACACACACAACACACACAGGUCCACACCCCUUCACCGGCAGACGGCAGAGCGACAGACAGACGUACCUCCUCUGGGCGGUGCUUGGAAGUCUCUUGUUGGUGUCUUGGUUGAGUAGAGGGCCAUCAGCCGCCGGUGGCCCUCUGCAGACUGAGAUGACGACCCGAUUUGCUGGUCAUCCUCACACAGCACUGACAGACACACACACUGUGUGUGGACAAACACACGUACGUCUUAGUGUGGGCGUGUGUGUCUGUGGUGUGGGCGGGUACGGUCUUCGAUGAGCGUCCGUCGUCUGCACAUUCGUUUCUCCUCCAUCCGCUGCGCCGUCUCGGUGUUCCGAUGCACCGCACACAAACUCUGCACACACACACACACGUGCAUUUGUGUGUGUCUGUCUGUGUGGCCAUACACACAUACACACACACAUACUUCGAGGUCGAUCGGCUUUGUGAGGUGUGGGAGUGCGUGUGUGGACAGCCGAGAGAGCGGCCGCGAGAGGUCGCAGGCCUCCCACACUGUGUUGGUGGCCGCCACACAGGUGAGCAGCAGGAGGAUGAACGGGAUGAAGGCCUGCUCCACCACACGGAAGUGCAGCAGCUGCAGCGAGUUCCUCUUCUGCACACACACACACACACACACUAUCUGGAGGCGUGUGUGUGUGUGUGUGUGCCUAUAGGGACCUCCGCUUCCUGUGCCGGAUUGGCGAGGCUGGCUGCCGUGGUGCUGUUGUUGGCUGCACACACGGACGGGCACACACACGCACAGACGGAUGGAUGAGCAACAACGAAGGUGUGGAUGCGUGUGUGUGUGGGGGGGGGGAGGGGGAGGUUGCGUACUUCGGAUGGGGUUGUCGUUCUCCUCGAGGAUGCCCUUGUCUUCGAGAUACUUGAGCAGCCACAACUGAUUAAAAUGUGACACACACGCACAAAGGGACAAUGACAGUCCCGCAGGCAGGGAAUGAGAGACACAGAGAGGGAGAGAGCUCCCCCACUCCCCCAACCCACCUGCACCAGGGCAGGCGUGUGGCUCAGCUUGCACACCACCUGUAUGGCAUCACAUGCAUCACACAGUCAAUACGAUUCAGUCAGUCGCCCAGUCAGUCGCCCACACCCACACCCACACACUGAAGUGUGUGUGCCCUGCCCUACCAGCAGGACGACGAGCGACAGGCGAGCCAGCUCGAAGCCACAGCCGCCCAUCCACCCCUGCCCCACAAUGAUGUCCCGUGCCAUGGGUUUGACCCACAUGAGAGGGCAGAGCAGCGGCAGCGUGUACGACAGCCACGUACACAUGCUCGACGGGGAACGCGAGUCGACACUGCAGCCAGCCAGAAUGUCAGGAUGGACAGAGAGAUCCACACUGCUGAUCUGAUGCUUACGCGUGUGUGGGUGGGAGGGGGUGGGGUGUGUGUGUGUGCUGUGCUGUGCUUACAGGUCCGCCACUUCUCGCUGGCAGAGGCCUCUCAUCUGCAAUACACAAUGAGUGCACAAACGCGUCACAGACAGGUAUACAGGCUGGCCAACAGACACAGGUGUGCGUCAGGUGUGUGAGAGAUGGUGCCUGUGAGUACCGACCGGGUCGGCAUGGUAGAGCUCCAGCAACGUUGUCUCAUAGUAGGCGUUGAAGGCCGCCGCCUGCACACACAUACACACACCCACACACACAGAUGGUGCGAGCACAUCAACGAACCUGUCGCCAGAAAUGCACGCACACAACGAGCGUAUCUAUUUUACCACGGCAAAGACGACCAGGAAUGAUGAGAUGAAGAUGAGCAGCAUCUCGCCCUGCAGCAGCCACACCCCCAAUGUCACCGACCUGACAUCCAUCCACAUAGCAUUACGAUAGAUGACACAUACAUUUGGAUAUAUGCGCCCGUCCAUCCAUCCAUCCGUCCAUCCAUCCGUCCAUCCAUCCACUCGUACGUGCCGAGGUUGAAGGGCCGCAUGGUCGCCACCCAGCGGUUCUUGAGCUCCUGAAUCCCUACGCCCAUCCAUCCCACACGCACACACAUUCAAAUGUGAUCCACACGCACACACUCCUUCCUACUCAUGGGUGCGGUGCGUACCAGGUUGAAUGGUGUAGUCGAACCAUGGGCUGAGCUGUGGCUCCUGCUCGACGCCCACCAGGAUGGCCCAGCAGAACAGCGAAGCCAUCAACGUGCACCUUCACACACGCACACACACACAGAGAUGCACACACACAGGCGUGGGAGGGAUGGUUCGUCGUUAGUUACAAAAUGAGCAGGAAGCAGAAGAGGUAGGUCCGCUUGAGCUUCUGCAUCGUCACCCAGCUCAGGUGAGACCUGCAGUCAGUGAGUACACACAAACCGCCCGUGUGGUGUGGUGUGUGUGGUGUGUGUGGUGUGUGUGGUGUGUGUGGUGUGUGUGGUGUGUGGUGUGUGUGUGGGUGUGGUGUGGCUUGCUUACAGUGCGAUGAGGAUUGCGGUGAAUGAGUGCAUCGGCACGAACCACGAGUGCGUCCUGAUCGAUCCAAUGCCACAGACAGACAAACGUACGUGUCCUCUGGCUGACUGACCUGUGCCCCUGGACGGCCCACUUGACAAACAUGAUCACCGACGCCAUGACCGAAGUGCUCACCUGCGGGGGCAACACACGAAUGAAUGCAUGAGCCCGCCCACUGCACACCACACUGUCAGUCAUUACUACCGACCAGUAUGAGAGUCGUGUUGAAGUGCGUCCUCAGGGAGGUCCAGGGGAAGUGCGACAAGUCGUAGCCGUAGCACUCGUAGACCUACACACGACACACACACGCACGCAUUGCAAUGCAAGCAGAUGCAUCUCAGCCAAGCCAUGAAUUGAAUGGAUGUGUGUCCUUAAUUGCUGACCUUUGCGAGCUUCAUUCGGUCCCACCCCUCGUCGGCCGCACUGACAGUCUCGAAGGUGCGCGACGGCUCCAGCGGACGAUUCUGCGGCUGCUGACGGGCCGCACGGGACCUGCUCAUGAACACACGCCGAGGAAUGUUCGUGUCAGUCGGGGUGGGGUGUGUGUGUGUCCGCCCAUAGGCACCUACCUUCUCUUCUCGUUCAAGUGUAUGUUGGCCAUCCUCUUGUGCGUGAAGGCAGCGCACGGCGCGUGCCACAGACUGAUCGGCCGAUGGACCGACCAGUACGCCCAGACAGACAGACAGACAAUCCUUUCUUCAUCCACUCAUUCAUGGGAUGGCUGUCCCAGCCGCCUUCCCACUUACUUACCCGAGGAUGAACAUAUCUCCCAUGUUAGCGAAUUUGCUGAGCGCCAUGCCCAGCAGGAAGGGGAAGGUCCACAGGUCGAUAGGGAACACAUCGCGAAAUAUGUGCGGGAACCGGAAGGAGGACGAACUUGAGCCCGCCAUCACCUCACGCACCGCACCUACGGAGUGAUGCGAUGAGCGAUGCUCUCUCACUCAGCGGCCUCCUGCACACCAUACAGAGAGAAACAAAUCAAUCUGCAUGUGAUCCAUUGGUGUGCGGAUCUGGUUACUUGUAAUCGACUCUUCUCGCAGAUUUCACACAGGGCGAAUGCAGCGCGGCAUUCGUC